GGCAUGAAGUUUAUUCGGGAGUGCAGAAGGCGCAGGGUGAGAAUGGUGCGCUUUAACGCGGAUGCGUGGGAGCGCUCUUUCCGACACCACGCCGUUUCACUCUAACUUUUUUUUUUCUUGUGUGUGUGUGUGUGGAUUUUUGUGGAAUUUUCUGUAUAUAUCAGCCACUGUGGCUCGGACUGCACAAUGGCUCAGAGCAUAGCCGAGAUCACUGUAUGGCUUGUUAUGAUUUGUGUGUUACUGCUGGCACUGAGUUUGCCGGAGGUUUCCUGCGCGCGCGGGUUUGACAGCCUGGGACUGACCUACGGCCACAGGUCCGAGCUCUCAGAGGACGCCAUACUGGUGGCCAACAACGGAAUCCGGGUUCCCUUCGGCAGAUCCGUGUUCAUCGACCCGAUUAAUGAUUUAGUCCUGCAGGUCCGACCCGGAGACAAGUGCACCAUCACAGUCCUGGACAAUGAUCCUUUGUCGCAGAAACCGGGUCAGCUGAGCCCUAAAAAGUUCCCCUGCGAGUUUGGACCCAGUGAUGUGAAAUACUCACACUUCGGAUCCCGGAGCCCAGCUAAAGACAGAGUCAGACUCCAGUUAAGGUAUGACACACAGACCGACACUGUGAUCAUCCCAUUCAUGAUGGAGGUUGAAGUGAUCUUCACUCAGCUGGAGAUCCUGAUCAAAAACAUGCCUCUGACUGUUGACAAGCUUCUGGGAACAAGUAACCCUAUUGAUAAGAAGAUCCUAGAGUUCACCUAUGAUAGAAACAUGUACCAGUGCAAAGUGACUUCUCUUGCCGGAACAGGUGUCUUGCCCAGGUAUGGAAAGCUUGUUGAUGAAGGAAAAUUAGGUAAAAUGUUUGAGUGUGAUGAAUUUCUCAGGCUGAACAUUCGCUAUCGACAUACGUUCACUCAGCGCUCUCCGAACAGAGAUUACAUCCCCAUGUAUGUAGAGCUACAAGAUAAGGAGAGCAAUGUCAUAAAACAGGAGUUUUUCCAAAUUAUGGUGCGUAUUAAAGAAGGAGAGGAAAACACCCCACCUAAACCUAGCUUCAUCUCCAUGAUGAUGAUGGAAGUUGACCAGUUUGUGAUGACUGCCAUAACCCCUGACAUGCUCGCUGCUGAGGAUGUUGAAUCUCCACCUGACGACUUAAUCUUUAACAUUACCUCUCCUCUGUCGUUCGAGGAAGGCUAUAUUGUCAGUACAGAUGAUAGGAAUUUGCCCAUUACAUCUUUCUAUCAGGGAGAUCUGAAGGAUCUUAAAAUAGCAUAUAAGCCUCCGUCUGAGGACUCGGAUGCCGAGAGAAUUUUCCAAAUUGAGUUUGUGGUUGUAGAUACAGAGGGAGCUGUCUCAGACCCAUUUGCUUUUAUGAUCGUCGUUAAGCCCAUGAACACUCUCGCUCCUGUUGUGACUCGAAACAUGGGGCAGCUGCUCUAUGAGGGUCAGACUAGGUCACUGUCUAGUUCACAAAACCUGCAGAUUAGCGAUGAGGACAAUUUACAUGAUGUCAAAGUGACAGUGAUUGAUGGACUGAGGCACGGUGAGCUCACUGUGAUCGGCUCCAGGAGUAAAUUCUUCACUGUGGCAGAUCUGGAUCAGGGAUCUGUCAUCUAUCAGCAUGACGGCAGCGAUACCUAUAGCGACAAUAUCAUUUUCCGGAUGACAGAUGGCAAACACGAAGUGGAAUUUCUUUUCCCUAUAACCGUAGUGCCAACUGAUGACGAGCCACCAAUUAUCAAUGCCAACACUGGUUUGGUGAUGUUCAAAAAUCAGAUGAUGCCCAUUUCACCUUUAAUGCUCAGUGCAGCCGAUAUCGACUCGGAGGAUUCAACUAUUAAAUUUAUUCUGGAGGCGCCUUUCUCAAGUAUAGGAGAGGUCCUGCUUCGUCAAUCGGAUGCCCCAGAAGACCCAUCCACGUGGAGGUUCAAUUCUGAAGAUGAGAUGUAUGAGAAAGCAGUUACAGAGUGGCUCCAGCAAGACAUUACAGACGGAAAGCUGUUUUACAGACACAUUGGUCCGCAUAACACUAAAACCAUUAUGGAUCAGUUUGUUUUCCGAGUUCAGGAUGACAACGACCCACCAAAUCAGUCAGGACAGAACUCUUUUGUUAUCAAAAUUCUCCCCAUCGAUGACAUCCCUCCUGAGCUUUACCCUGACACUACCCUGCAGCUGACUGUGCAUGAAUACCACCUCACUUUCUUCCGCAAAAAAUUCUUACGUUACACCGAUUUAGACUCCGAGGACAGGGAUUUGAAAUAUACCAUCACUCAGCCUCCAAGAGACACGGAUGAGAACAGCCCUGUUAUUCUGGGAGCCAUUGUUCUGACAGAAAGCCCAAACACAGAGGUAACAGAGUUCACUCAAGCGCAGAUAAAUCACCAUAAAAUAGCGUACAAGCCACCCGAUCUGGAGCUGGGUAUAACACCACAUGUAGUGCAGUUCCAUUACACGGUCGAGGACACAGCAGGAAACAGUAUAGAUGGAGUGUUCACUAUUUUCUUGCAGCCUGUUGACAACAAACCACCCCAGAUUAUCAACACAGGGUUCACCGUGUUAGAGCGAGGCAUGCAUGUAAUCACACGCACUGAGCUUGACACCACCGACCCAGACACGGACAACACAAAGAUCUCCUUUACGCUCACUCAACCUCCUCUACAUGGCCAGAUACAGUUCACAUUCACUGACCUGACCAAAGGGGAUUCAUUCACUCUGGAUGAUAUUUCUCAAGGCAGGAUCUCCUACUCUCACAAUGGAGACGAGUCAGCAAAUGAUCUCUUUCAACUUGACGUGAGCGACGGCGUCCAUAUUGUCACUAUUACCAUUAAGAUAAACGUGAAGCUCAUCGACGAUGAAACUCCAACCAUAAGCCUUCCAGAAGGUACCAUCGGCUCUUAUAUUGACGUCUUGGAGAAUGGAGCUACCGAAAUCACAGCUAAUGUCAUUCAGGGACGAGAUGAAGACACUGAUGACCUGAGGUUGACCUUUAUAGUAGAGGAUCCGCCAGUUUUUGGUGAAAUAUUGGUCAAUGGCAUACCAGCCAACAAAUUUACCCAAGCCGAUAUCAUCAGUGGAUUAGUUGUGUAUGCACACACGAGUGGAGAGAUUGGUCUUACUACAAAAGAGGACUUUUUUAAUUUAACCCUGACAGAUAUGUCUGAUGAGUGGACCGUGGGCGGUAAUAAAAUCAAGGGCGUUCGAGUACAUGUCACUAUCCUGCCAAUAGACAGCCAGGCUCCUCAGGUGUUUGUCGGCCACCAGUUCAGUGUUGUCGAAGGUGAGAAAAAUGUCAUUCAAAUAGCGCACAUAAGCGCUUCUGAUAUUGACACUCCCAACGAUGACCUGCUGUGUACCAUCAUUGUUCAGCCUACAUCUGGCUACUUGGAAAACAUCUCCCCUGCUCCAGGAUCAGAGAAAUCGAGGUCAGGAACUGCUAUCAGCGCAUUCACCAUCAAAGACAUAAAGCAAAAUCAUAUCUAUUAUGUACAAAGCAUUCAUAAAGGAGUGGAGCCAGUGGAGGACAGAUUCACAUUCAGGUGCUCAGAUGGCAUCAAUUUUUCUGAGAGACACUUCUUUCCGAUCGUAAUUAUCCCAUCUAAUGACGAAAAGCCAGAGAUCCAUAUGAGAGAGUUUGUGGUAAUGGAAGGCAUGAAUGUUGUGAUUGACACUCCUAUAUUGAACGGUGUGGAUGCAGAUAUUCCCACAGAUGAGCUGACAUUUAUUGUUACUAAACCUCCAAAACAUGGUUUCAUUAUAAAUCAGUUAACCACUGGUACCAUUCCUGUGACUAACUUUACUCUAGACCAAAUAAGAGAGGCUUCUAGCAUUGUUUAUGAGCAUGAUGACUCAGAAACCACAGAGGACAGUUUUAAAGUUCUUCUCACUGAUGGUAAAUUUACUGUGGAAAAGACUGUUAUUAUUAUGGUUAUCCCCGUGGAUGAUGAAACACCAAGGAUGGCUAUCAAUGACGGGCUUGAAAUAGAGAUAGGAGAAAUCAAAGAAAUCACCAACAAAGUUUUAAAAGCCACUGAUCUGGAUACAAAGGACAGCACACUGACUUAUGUUAUCCGAUAUGGUCCCAAUCAGGGAAUUCUACAAAAGAGGACACCAUUUGGAACGCUCCAAAACAUAACCAUUGGAAUGAAUUUCACACAAAGUGACAUUGAUGAAAAUCUGAUUAUAUAUGUCCAUAAUGGACAGGAAGGAAUACGGGACCUCAUCAAAUUUGAUGUCACAGACGGCAUCAAUCCCCUGAUUGACAGGUACUUCUAUGUAACAGUCAGUGGAAUAGACAUGGUAUUCCCUGAUGUUAUUAGCAAAGGUGUUUCUCUUAAAGAAGGGGGGAGAGUGACCCUAACCACAGACUUGCUCAGCACUAGUGAUCUCAACAGCCCAGACGAGCACUUGGUCUUCACCAUCACUCGAGCUCCAGUGAGAGGUCACCUGGAGUGCACUGAUACACCAGGCAUGCCCAUCAGCUCCUUCACCCAGCUCCAGCUGGCUGGAAACAAGAUCUACUAUAUCCACACCGCUGAUGACGAGGUUAAGAUGGACAGCUUUGAGUUUGAAGUCACGGACGGUUACAACCCAGUGUUUCGCACUUUCCGCAUUUCCAUAACGGACGUGGACAACAAGAAGCCUGUGGUCACAAUUCAUGGACUGGUCGUUAACGAAGGAAAGAGCAAGCUAAUCACACCAUUUGAGUUGACUGUGGAGGAUCGCGACACGGCCGACCGACUCCUAAAGUUCACCAUCACCCAGGCGCCCAUUCAUGGAAAGCUGCUGUUCAACAGCACCCGAGCCAUCACAUCCUUCACCAAGCAGGAUCUCAAUGAGAACAUGAUUAGCUACAGGCACGAUGGGACAGAGUCUGCUUCCGACAGCUUUUCCUUCUCUGUCACAGACGGAACUCAUUCUGACUUUUAUGUCUUUCCUGAUACAGUUUUUGAGACUCGCAAACCCCAGAUGAUGAAAAUCACAAUUCUUUCUGUGGACAAUGGUAUUCCUCAGAUUGUGGUCAACAAGGGUGGGACGACUUUGAAAAUGCUGCCCAGUGGUCACCUAGGUUUUGUGAUCACCAGUAAAGCACUAAAGGCAGAGGACAGAGACAGUCCCCACGGAGCUGUAACCUUUAGAGUAACAGUAGGCGCGGAACAUGGCUACCUCAUUGACCUGGGCAAGGGAAAUGCCACCAUUACCACAUUUACUCAAGCUGACAUUGAUGACAUGCACAUAUGCUAUGUUCUUCGAAAUGGAGACAACGCUACCAGUGACAUCUUCCAUUUCUCCAUUGAAGACAACGGAGGGAACAAGCUGAAGAACCAGCAGUUCAGGCUGACCUGGGCUUGGAUCUCUCUGGAGAAGGAAUAUUGCAUGGUGGACGAGGAGGCCAAGUUCUUGGAGGUGGUCUUGAGACGGAGGGGUUACCUCGGCGAGACCUCGUUCGUCAGUAUUGGAACCAAAGAUGGCACAGCAGAGAAAGACAAAGAUUUUCGUGGCAAAGCCCAGAAACAAGUCCAGUUCAACCCAGGCCAGACCACCGCCACCUGGAAGGUACGGAUCCUCGGUGACCACCUGUACGAGCAGUCGGAAACCUUCCAGAUUGUUCUGUCUGAGCCUGUGAUGGGGGCACUCGAGUUCCCCCAGACAGCUACAGUAGAGAUAAUUGACCCUGAAGAUGAGUCCACAGUGUUCAUCCCUUCAGCAACGUACUCGAUUGAGGAAGACGUCGGAGAAUUUCUGAUUCCUGUUCGCCGGUCUGGAGAUGUGAGUCAAGAGCUGAUGGUCAUCUGUUUUACACAGCAAGGCUCAGCCACUGGCACUGUCCCCACUACAGUGCUGUCCUAUUCAGACUAUAUCUCACGUCCAGAAGAACACAUCAGCGUUCUGCGCUUUGACCGAGAUGAAAUAGAGAAGGCGUGCCGUGUGGUGGUGAUCGACGACUCACUGUAUGAGCCUGAGGAAAGCUUUAAUGUCACCCUCAGCAUGCCCAUGGGGGGUCGCCUGGGCCAGGAGUUCCCCACCACCAGGAUCACCAUCCUGCCCGACUCUGAUGAUGCGCCAGUGUUUUAUUUUGGAGACAUGGAGUACCAUGUGGAUGAGAGCGAUGGCUAUGUGGAGGUUCGGGUUUGGAGAACAGGAUCUGACCUGUCUAAGACGGGGACGGUUACAGUGCGCUCACGAAAAACUGACCCUGUUUCAGCUGAAGCUGGUGAGGAUUACGUAGGAAUCAGUAAGAACCUGGACUUUGCACCAGGCGUCACCAUGCAGACGAUCCGCGUCACUAUUCUGGAUGACCUGGGCCAGCCUGUGCUGGAGGGGCCCGAGAAGUUCGAGCUCGUCCUCCGCAUGCCCAUGAACGGCAUUCUGGGAGAGCCAAGCAAAGCCACCGUCUUCAUCAACGACUCUGUAUCAGACUUGCCAAAGAUGCAGUUCCGUGAUGCGAAAUACACAGGUAAUGAGAAUGAUGGAAAAAUUAUGGCCAUCAUUUACCGCAGUGGAGAUCUGAGAUACAGGUCCAGCGUGCGCUGCUACAGCCGUCAGGGUUCUGCUCAGGUCAUGAUGGACUUCAACGAGAGACCCAACACGGACGCUUCCAUUAUCACGUUCCUACCAGGGGAAGUGGAGAAGCCUUGUACUCUCAUUCUAGUCGAUGACACGGAGCAUGAAGAGGUGAAGGAGCUCAGGCUGGUCCUGGGGAGCCCCAAAAGCGAGUCUCAGUUUGGGGCGUCUAUAGGAGUUCAAAAUGAGACGCUCGUCAAGAUUAAGGAUGAUGCUGACAAGGCCAUCAUCAAGUUCGGGAUCACCAAGUUCAGCGUGAGUGAACCCAGCGAGGCCGGGCAAGUAUCUGUGGUGAAGGUGCCAGUGCUGCGAGUGGGAGACACCUCCAAAGUGUCGGUGGUGCGAGUGCACACUAAAGACGGCUCAGCGACAUCCGGAGAGGAUUAUCACCCGGUAUCACAGGACAUUGAAUUCAAGGAAGGAGAAACAGACCACACUGUAGAGGUCGAGAUCCUGUACGACGGCGUGCGUGAAAUGAGGGAAGCCUUCACGGUUCAUCUGAAACCAGAUGAGAACAUGGUGGCUGAGAUUCAGAUGACCAAAGCUAUCAUCUAUAUCGAGGAGGGAAACAGCAUGGCAGAUGUGACGUUCCCUUCUGUGCCAGUGGUCAUAUCGCUCCUGCAUUACGAUGAUGCAAUCAGUGCCCCAGAGAGCCGACCACCUGCUGGCUACCCAGUCAUCUGUGUCACGGCCUGCAAUCCCAAGUACCCAGACUUUGAACGCACCGGCUCCAUCUGUGCAAGCGAGCGUAUCAACAACACGCUGACUCGUUACCGCUGGCUCGUUAGCGCCCCCGCAGGGCCCGAUGGCGUCACCAGCCCUAUGAGGGAGGUGGACUUUGAUACCUUCUUCACUUCGUCCAAACGCAUCACGCUGGACUCGGUGUAUUUCCAGGCAGGCUCACGCGUUCAGUGCGCAGCCAGGGCUGUGAACUCCAACGGAGAUGAGGGGCUUGAACUUAGCAGCGCCAUUGUCUCCAUCAGUGUGGAGGAGGGUUUGUGCCAACCUCGUGUGAUAGGCGCUGUGGGAGCCGAGCCUUUCUCUGCCAAACUGCGCUACACUGGACCAGACGAUCCACAUCACCCCAACCUUGUCAAGCUCACUGUCACCAUGCCGCACAUAGACGGUAUGCUCCCUGUGGUCUCCACACGUCCUCUCUCCAACUUUGAGCUGACGCUCAGUCCGGAUGGCACGCGGGUGGGAAAUCAUCGCUGCUCCAAUCUGUUGGACUACAGCGAGGUCCGUACGCGCCACGGUUUCAUCACUGCGGCUACCCGUAACCGAGAGGCUGUCGGCACCACGGCACCCUACCAGUACAGCACCACCUUAAGGGGGGAGAGUACACUCCGCUUCUACCGCAACCUUCACCUGGAGGCCUGCCUGUGGGAGUUUGUCAGUUAUUAUGACAUGUCCGAGCUGCUUAGUGACUGUGGAGGGUCAAUUGGGACAGAUGGGCAGGUGCUGAACCUGGUGCAGUCGUACGUGACGUUGCGUGUGCCGCUGCACGUGUCUUACGUGUUCCACUCUCCGGUGGGUGCUGGAGGCUGGCAGCACUUUGACCUGCAGUCUGAGCUCAGACUUACCUUUGUCUACGACACGGCCAUCCUGUGGAGAGACGGCAUCGGCAGCCCACCUGAGGCCGAGCUACAAGGAGCUCUCUAUCCCACCAGCAUGCGCAUUAAUGAACAAGGUCGCUUGGUGGUUAACUUCCGCACAGAAGCUCGCUUCAGGGGUCUGUUUGUGACGUCCCACCCUGCCUCCCCUCUGACCUCCAUAAUUAUGUGCACGGAUCACCCUGGGCUGACCUUUAACCUCAGCCUGGUGAGGAGUGAGCCCACCUACAACCAGCCCAUGCAGCAGUGGAUGUUUGUCUCCGACUUUGCAGUGAGAGAUUAUUCCGGCACCUACACGGUGAAGCUGUUGCCCUGUACUGCCCCUCCGAGUCUGGAGUACACACUGCCUCCGGUGUGCAAUCCCCGAGAGCCUGUCUCAUUUGACCUCGACAUCCGCUUCCAACAGGUGAGUGACCCUGUAGCUGCAGAAUUCAGCCUGAACACACAGAUGCUGCUGCUCUCUAAGAGGACUCUGUGGUUGUCUGAUGGCUCCAUGGGAUUCGGACAAGAGAGCGACACUGCAUUCUCUGAAGGUGACGUCAUCUACGGCCGUGUCAUGGUGGAUCCUGUGCAGAAUCUCGGAGACUCCUUUAUCUGCAACAUCGAGAAGGUGUUCCUGUGUACAGGGGCAGAUGGCUAUGUGCCAAAGUACAACCCUGACAACUAUGAGUAUGGCUGUUUAGCAGAUGCUGCAUCACUCCUCUACAGGUUCAAGAUCAUUGACAAAGCUCAGCCAGAGACUCAGGCCAGAGCAUUUGGGAGUGUUAGCUUCAAUGCUUUCCUGGCUGUUGAUGACCCCGAGGCUUUGUCGCUAGUGAGGCAGCCAGGCUCAGACGGCUUUAGGCUGGACUCCACGCCUCUGUUUCAGGUAUCUACAGGCAGAGAGUGGUACAUCCACACCAUAUACACCGUCCGCUCCAGAGACAACGCCAACCGAGGCAUUGGAAAAAGGAGUGUGGAGUACCACCAUAUUACUCAACACCACUCCUCUCGUUCCAGAAGAUCCGUUAGCAACGUUCCAGCUCUGGCUAAGGAGAUUGGAGUGGAGAAUGAGCGAGGAACCAACAUCCUGCAUGUGGCACUGGAGCGCAGCAGCCAGCACCAGCCCCGGCCCAAAGUUAACAUCCAGAGCGUGGUUGUUACCACAGGGUCCAAGCCAAAAGACACAGAGGACGAUUACGUGAUAAUGAUCGUAGGAAUUCUGGUGGGUCUCGUCCUGACUGUCAUUCUCCUAGUGCUUGUGUUUUUGCUGGUGCGCUCCAGGAAAGAGAAGGAGAAAAUCAGCGAGCCUCCAAAGGGCUCCAGCAGCACCGAGCCCAUGAUGACACACGGCUUUGACAGUAACGACAGCUCGGAGGUGUGACCAGAUUUUGCAAAUGCUCAUUAGAACUGUUUUGCAAGUGCUUCUUAUUUAAGUACUAAGACUUGAGAUUUGAAGUGACUGAAGAGAGUUAGACCGACUUGCACAAUCUCAGAGAUGAGGUCAACUUAGGUCAAGUGGCACUGUCUUGAGUCUGUUAUGGUGAUCUUGGCACUCGGAUAUUGGCUCGCUUCAGGAGUUGGCUACUCCCAAGACAAAGAACUCUGGAAGCACUUUUAUUUCUGCUGUUUUACAAUUUUAAAGGAAGACUUGAAGACAGAAACCAGUUUUUAUCCAAACGAGGAGCUUAUUGUGUACUACUGCUUUGACCAUGGUGUUUUUUUUUUUUCUCAACCUUAUUAUUAUUAUUAUUAUUAUUAUUAUUAUUAUUAUUAUUAUUAUUAUUAUUAUUGCAUUCAAAGGUGCUAGAAGCUUCUUGACCAUCUGGCUAAGGAGCUUAAGCUGUAUAAAGUGUGUUUAUUCAAUAUCUGUAAAGAAUCAUUACUGUUUUAGUUCUCCCAUGGUUUCACCGUCACAUUUUUAGGUUUUCUAUCACAUUAUAUUAUCGCAUUAUAUUACAGUGUUACAGGAUUAUUUUUUUCAAUGUUCAUUUUUAGUUUUUAUACCUCUUUUACAAACCUUUUCCUUUUUAAAUGCAGUACAGUAAAAACAUUUUUCGAAAACUUUUUUUUUUUCCACCUUCACUUUGGUUUGUUUUUUGCAUGAUUUAUCAAGCAUACAUUCUCUGUGUAAAAAAUAUGUAUUAUAAUGUAAAUUCAUAUCAGAAUUUGAAAGAAGUGUGCAAACGGAUUAGUAGUGUCUUAUAUACAGUACGUCUUGUUCCCUGACUGACUGCAAUCAUUGCUGGUGUUGAACACCGUGGACUGUAUCUUGUUGUCAGAUUCGAUUAGAUUAGUGUGUUAAUCCUUCAGACAGAUGCCGGUUCUUCUAGAAUUAUAAGUAACUCAGUAAGACACUGAGAAAACUUGAAGGAACAUUCAGUUUGAGACAAUUUACACAAAUCAUACCUUACAAAGAAGUCACAAGAACGUUAUAAAUGAUAUAACCUACUUAAUAGGUUUACAGUAGUUUACAGCCUCCCAGCGAAUCGUCUAUUAGGAGUCCGCAACAUAGCAGCCUCUAUAAACCCUGAUAGAGCAAAUAAUGCUUAACAUAACUACUUUAUUUUAUUACAUUACUUUAUUACACAAUCAUGUGAAGCUACCAUGUUCAAGGCUAACUAGUGGUUAGUAAGAAAGUGCUCUACAUUAUAAAUACACUGAGGUAAAGGCUGAAAAAAAUUUAUUUAAUCAUCUGUAAAUUGCUUUUUUUGAAUCAACUUAAUGCUUGCAGUCAUAUUUUAAGUUGUCACAAGUGGUACAUUUUGGAUUUUUGAGUUCUGGGAUCAUAUUUGGAAAUUCAGUGAGAUGUAGUGCAUCCUAACUGCUGAGUAAUGAAGUGUGUGUACUAUUUGGACACAUUAAACAAAGACAUUUUGGGUUUUAAAAUCAGUGAUUUUUUAUGUGCAGGCUGGUCACACACAGGUCAAUGACCUACGUACUAUACACUAUGUACUUGUACUGGAUUUUUGCAGUGUACUAUGUAAGUAUAAAACAUGUUGGGGGAAUGUUGUUAUAGGAAGAUAAUCAACACCAGGGUGGUGUGAUGCAGCCCAACAUGAAAUGAGGUUACUGUUACUACUCUAUAGUUGAUUACCUUCCAAUAACAUCACAUCCCAAAGUGUUUUUUCAAAUCUUAUACCACAAAAAUUUGCCAAUGGUUACAAUUUUAAGUUUUAUUAAUGCGACACAUCAAAUUUUUAACCAUUUCUGGUUAAGUAGUGGUGAAGCAUCCAAGCAAAACAAGUUCCUGUUAUCACUAAAGAAGUCUAAUUUAGACGGAUUCUAUAUGUUCUAGUGUUUGGGAUGCAGUCAGUGAUUGUGGCUAAUGUUAGCUUAGGUGAAUUCUGUAAUGCAUUAAUGCUAGCAUUUGGGACACUGGCUAAAUUUCACAGAUUAUUGACUGUGUAGUGAUUUUGGCUUUUGUUGUUGACUAACAAACACUGAAUUCAAUGGCCAAAUGCCUGCUACAGUAAUGAAAGAGUGAACUUUAAAACAAAUCCAAACCUUUAUUUUAUUGUUUUGGAUUACAUUUAAUCAUAUCUGCAUUUUGGUGAAUGCAUAUUCACCUAUUACAUGUAUGAAAAUGUGCAUUUCUAUGCCUAUUUAUUUAUUGGUAGGUAGUCAGCACUGAGUGUAGAAAAUCUGUAGUCUCAGUUAACAGCCUCAUUCUGAUCCUGUACCUUUUAUUAUUAAUAUUUAUUCAUUUGACUUAUCACAUAACCUUACUGAAAAUGACCUCAUCAGAAAUUAGCACACACUUUAGGACAUGGUUCUUGUUUAAGAAAAAAAUGCUAUGCAAAUUCAUGGUCUGUUUGUCGAUAUAGUGCUGGAUUUGGACUUUUUUUUUUUUUCUUUGUUUUUAUGUUGCUGUCCUUAUAGAAACUGCUUUUCAUGACUUUCAUGAAUGCAGUUCACAAACAAGUGAAGCAGUGACUUUUCUCUAUGUACGUAGGUAAUUGCAUAGAAAUGUUUUUGGGUAAUGGUCAGUGUUAAUAAUAAAUGACAAUGUACUGUAUGUAUUCAAGAUUUUCAAACACUGUAUUUGUUCUAUAAAAAAUUAAAGUGUGUUCCUUUCA